GGAUUGGAUGAUACAGUUUCCAUAACAUCUCGUAGUAGAGAGGUUUCUGGGUUCAGAGGAGGUGGUGGAGGGCCUGCUUAUGGCCCCCCACCAUCACUUCAUGCACGAGAAGGACGUUAUGAGCGGAGACUUGAUGGGUAAGUUCCAAGGUUUCUGUAGGCAGGUAUUUUGUAUUUGAUAUGGUGAGAAACAGAAACUCGUAUUUAGGGGCCCCAGAUGGAUUUAAAAUUUUGGGCAUUCUCAAUGUUUCCUAUUUUGGGUUGGAAACGGAAGUGAUUUCUAUCCCAGUGGCUGUUAUCUUAUGGAAUCGUAGAGGAUAUUUCCUGCAGCUGGUUGGAUACCUACUCCUGAGAUACAAAGUGGUGGAAGAUUUUGUAUGGCAGCAUCAUUUUUGGAGUUACCUGUCUUCUAGAAUUAAUUAUUUCUUCUCUUGGAUAAUGUUAAGGCCUUCCUUGGAUAUAUCCCUUAUACCUGAUGGAGCUAUUUGGCUACAGAUUUUGUGGUUGUACUAUGUGGAAUAUUUCUGGAAUAUUAGAGCCUACAGAUUCUUUUAGAAGUUAAUAUCUGCUUCUCAAUUUUCACAACAUAAAGUGUACAAAUGAAUUGGAUUGUCACACAAAAACCUAGCAGACCAUAAUGAUUCAACCGCGUGGAUUCUACAAACAAUACUUUAACCUGGAAAUAUGUUCUUGGCUGAAGAAGAAUGAAGGCAAUGUUUGAUUUUUCCAUUUUGGAUCUACACAGUUUUCAUGUUGGAAUUAUACUCCUUAAUGGAAUGGGGAAAAUUUGAGAUGAUGGACGUUCCUAAAUCCUGGAAUAUAGCCAUUCUUUUCUAAUUGCUGGAAUGUAUGGGAUGUCAUACAGUCAAGAUUCCAUUAGCCCAGGGGAAGAGGAUUACUCUCUCUUUUCUUAAGCAAGUUGCUGUCCAAUUUAAGAUACUUUAGCUUUGAACAGAUGGUAACGAUCAGUUGUGGAUACAGCAUUCAAAAUUGACUGCUGGAUGGCUACAAAGGCGAACUGUUGGCGAGCAACUGUGCCUUCCCUCAUUUGGUGGAAUCGUAGAGGAUAUUUCCUCUUCUGUCAGCUGCCUGAUUCAUACUUAGGGCUGGAAAUUUUUAUGAAUGUGGAUCAAUUUAUAUUUGUCUGCUAUCUCAAGAAAGAAGUCUGGGGGUUUGAGAGUUACAGUUUGUCUGGGACUACUUGCUUCCAGUGGAAUUAUUUUAUCUGGUCACUAAGAUUUUUUUUUUCCUUGUGGUUCAUCUAAGUAUCAUUUGACACCCUUGCCCAUUAAAGAAGGUGGAUUACCCCCAUAAGAGGGGCCAAAAUUGGGGAAGUUAUGUUCACAAUUCUCUCCCUAGAUUUAAUUGGGAUUAUAGGUCGUGUUUCCACACUUGGAAAAGGGCUUCAGAUAACAGGGAGCGUGCUUAUGAACAUAGUGCCUAUGGACACCAUGAACGGGGGACGGGAGGAUUUGAUCGGACAAGACAUUACGAUCAGGAUUACUAUAGAGAUCCUCGCGAGCGGACUUUACAACACGGGCUCUAUUAUACUUCUCGGAGUCGAAGUCCAAACCGUUUUGAUGUUCAUGACCCCCGAUACGAACCUAGGGCUCGGGAGCAGUUUACACUGCCCAGUGUGGUACACAGGGAUAUCUACAGGGAUGAUAUUACCCGGGAGGUACGAGGCAGAAGGCCAGAGCGGAAUUACCAGCACAGCAGGAGUCGGUCACCACAUUCAUCCCAGUCUAGAAAUCAGUCUCCUCAGAGGCUGGCUAGCCAAGCGUCUAGACCCACAAGGUCCCCUAGCGGCAGCGGCUCUAGGAGUAGAUCCUCCAGUAGUGAUUCAAUCAGCAGCAGCAGUAGUACCAGCAGUGACAGCACCGAUUCCAGCAGUAGUUCAAGUGAUGACUCUCCAGCCCGAUCAGUUCAAUCCGCAGCAGUCCCCGCACCCACUUCCCAGUUGCUUUCAUCCUUGGAAAAAGAUGAGCCCCGUAAAAGUUUUGGGAUCAAAGUUCAAAAUCUUCCAGUACGCUCUACAGAUACAAGCCUUAAAGAUGGCCUUUUCCAUGAAUUUAAGAAAUUUGGAAAGGUGACUUCAGUGCAGAUACAUGGAGCUUCAGAAGAGAGGUAUGGUCUGGUAUUCUUUCGGCAGCAAGAGGACCAAGAAAAAGCAUUGACUGCAUCAAAAGGAAAACUUUUCUUUGGCAUGCAGAUUGAAGUAACAGCAUGGAUAGGGCCAGAAACAGAAAGCGAAAAUGAAUUUCGCCCUUUGGAUGAAAGGAUAGAUGAAUUUCACCCCAAAGCAACAAGAACUCUGUUUAUUGGUAAUCUUGAAAAAACCACUACUUACCAUGACCUUCGCAACAUCUUCCAGCGCUUUGGAGAAAUUGUGGAUAUCGAUAUUAAGAAAGUAAAUGGAGUUCCCCAGUAUGCGUUCUUGCAAUACUGUGAUAUUGCCAGCGUUUGUAAGGCUAUUAAGAAGAUGGAUGGAGAAUACCUUGGAAAUAAUCGCCUCAAGCUGGGUUUUGGAAAGAGCAUGCCUACGAACUGUGUAUGGUUAGACGGGCUUUCUUCAAAUGUGUCGGAUCAAUAUUUAACACGCCAUUUCUGCCGAUACGGGCCUGUGGUAAAGGUGGUGUUUGACCGCUUAAAAGGCAUGGCCCUGGUUCUCUACAAUGAAAUCGAAUAUGCACAAACAGCUGUAAAAGAGACCAAGGGGAGGAAAAUUGGUGGGAAUAAAAUUAAGGUGGAUUUUGCAAAUCGAGAAAGUCAGCUGGCAUUUUAUCACUGUAUGGAAAAAUCUGGUCAAGAUAUCAGAGACUUUUAUGAAAUGUUAUUAGAAAGAAGAGAGGAACGAAGGGGAUCUUAUGACUAUAGCCAAGAUCGUACAUAUUAUGAGAAUGUUCGUACUCCGGGCACAUAUCCUGAGGAUUCCAGACGGGACUAUCCCGCUCGAGGGAGAGAAUUUUAUUCAGAAUGGGAAACUUACCAAGGAGACUACUAUGAGUCACGAUAUUAUGACGAUCCUCGGGAAUACAGGGACUACAGAAAUGAUCCUUAUGAGCAAGAUAUUCGGGAAUACAGUUACAGGCAACGAGAACGAGAGAGGGAACGUGAAAGAUUUGAAUCUGACCGGGACAGAGACCAUGAGAGGAGGCCAAUUGAACGCAGUCAGAGUCCAGUGCACUUGCGCCGCCCACAGAGUCCUGGAACGUCUCCCUCACAGUCAGAGAGAUUACCAAGCGAUUCUGAGAGGAGGAUUUACAGCCGGUCCUCAGAUCGAAGUGGAAGCUGUAGCUCACUUUCCCCUCCAAGAUAUGAAAAACUUGACAAAUCUCGUUUGGAACGCUAUACAAAAAAUGAAAAGACAGAGAAAGAACGAACUUUUGAUCCUGAGAGAGUGGAAAGAGAGAGACGCUUAAUAAGGAAGGAAAAAGUGGAAAAAGACAAAACUGAUAAGCAAAAACGAAAAGGAAAAGUUCAUUCCCCUAGUUCUCAGUCUUCAGAAACAGACCAAGAAAAUGAAAGAGAACAGAGCCCUGAAAAAUCAAGGAGUUCUAAUAAACUGAGCAGAGAGAAAGCUGACAAAGAAGGAAUAGCAAAAAACCGCCUAGAACUCAUGCCUUGUGUGGUUCUGACUCGAGUGAAAGAAAAAGAGGGGAAAGUUAUUGACCAUACUCCUUUGGAAAAGCUGAAAGCCAAGCUUGACAAUGACACUGUCAAGUCUUCUGCCCUAGAUCAGAAACUUCAGGUUUCUCACAUGGAGCCUGCAAAAUCUGACUCGUCUAAAGCAGAAUCUGUUAGAAUGAAAAUGCCAAAGGAAAAGGCACUUUCAAGCCAUGUAGAAGUGGUAGAUAAGGAAGGCAGGCUUAAAACCAGGAAGCACCUAAAACCAGAGCAGUCUGCUGAUGGGGUAAGUGCUGUGGAUCUGGAGAAGCUGGAAGCGAGGAAAAGGCGUUUUGCAGAUUCCAAUUUGAAAGCAGAAAGGCAAAAAUCAGACGUCAAGAAGAGUAGUCCAGAGAUGGAGGAUGCUCGAGUACUUUUAAAAAAGCAGCCUGACACAUCAUCUAGAGAUGUCAUUCUGUUGAGGGAAGGAGAGUCUGAAAGAAAGCCUGUGAGGAAAGAAAUUCUUAAAAGAGAAUCUAAAAAACUCAAACUAGACAGACUUAAUGUAGUCCCUAGCCCUAAAGACUGUCAGGAGCUGGCCAGUAUUUCUGUUGGGACUGGCUCAAGGCCCAGUUCAGACCUACAAGCAAGGCUGGGAGAACCAGUAGGUGAAUCUGUGGAAAACCAAGAAAUCCAGUCAAAAAAACCCAUUUCCUCAAAAUCGCAGCUCAAACAGCUACAACUAUUAGAUGAUCAAGGACCAGAGAGAGAAGAUAUUAGGAAAAACUAUUGCAGUCUUCGUGAUGAAACACUUGAAUGUAAAUCAGGCCAAGAGAAACCACAUUCUGUAAAUACUGAAGAAAAAAUUGGCAUCGAUAUUGAUCACACACAGAGUUACCGAAAACAAAUGGAGCAGAGUCGUAGAAAACAGCAGAUGGAGAUGGAAAUAGCCAAGACUGAGAAGUUUGGCAGUCCUAAAAAAGAUGUAGAUGAAUAUGAAAGACGUAGUCUUGUUCAUGAGGUAGGUAAACCCCCUCAAGAUGUCACUGACGACUCUCCUCCUAGCAAAAAGAAAAGGAUGGAUCAUGUUGAUUUUGAUAUCUGCACCAAGAGGGAGAGGAAUUACAGAAGUUCACGCCAAAUCAGUGAAGAUUCUGAAAGGACUGGUUGUUCUCCCAGUAUCCGACAUGGUUCCUUCCAUGAGGAAGAUGACCCUUUAGGCUCCCCUAGGCUAAUGUCAGUAAAAGGGUCUCCUAAAGUAGAUGAAAAAAGUGUCCCCUAUUCUAACGUAACGGUCAGAGAAGAAUCCUUAAAAUUUAAUCCUUAUGAUUCCAGCAGGAGAGAACAGAUGGCAGACAUGGCCAAAAUAAAGCUAUCUGUCUUGAAUUCUGAAGAUGAACUAAAUCGGUGGGACUCUCAAAUGAAGCAAGAUGCCAGCAGAUUUGACGUGAGUUUCCCAAACAGCAUAAUUAAAAGAGACAGCCUUCGAAAGAGGUCUGUACGUGACUUGGAACCUGGUGAGGUGCCUUCUGAUUCUGAUGAAGAUGGUGAACACAAAUCCCACUCACCCAGAGCCUCUGCAUUAUAUGAAAGUUCUCGACUGUCUUUUUUAUUGAGAGACAGAGAAGACAAACUACGUGAGCGAGAUGAAAGACUCUCCAGUUCUUUGGAAAGGAACAAAUUUUAUUCUUUUGCAUUGGAUAAGACAAUCACACCAGACACUAAGGCUUUGCUUGAAAGAGCUAAAUCCCUCUCUUCAUCUAGAGAAGAAAAUUGGUCUUUUCUUGAUUGGGACUCCCGAUUUGCUAAUUUUCGAAACAACAAAGAUAAAGAAAAGGUUGACUCUGCUCCAAGACCUAUUCCAUCCUGGUACAUGAAAAAAAAGAAAAUUCGGACUGAUUCAGAAGGAAAAAUGGAUGAUAAAAAAGAUGAUCAUAAGGAAGAAGAACAGGAAAGGCAAGAAUUAUUUGCUUCUCGUUUUUUACAUAGCUCAAUCUUUGAACAAGAUUCUAAGCGCUUGCAGCAUCUAGAGAGAAAAGAUGAAGACUCUGACUUCAUUUCUGGUAGGUUCUAUGGGAGGCAGGCAUCUGAUGGAGCGAACAGCACAACCGAUUUGAUUCAAGAGCCAGUAGUUCUUUUCCAUAGCAGAUUUAUGGAACUCACACGAAUGCAACAGAAAGAAAAAGAAAAAGACCAAAAACCCAAAGAGGCUGAGAAACUGGAAGAUACAGAAGAUCGUCCCAAGACCCCAGAAUCUGCUUCUGAGAAUAAAGAGGCAGAACUGAAAACCCCGUCUUCAGUUGGGCCUCCUAGUAUGACAGUUGUAACUCCAGAGCCCACAUUAUCAUCCCUGGAGAAAACAGCUGGUGAUAAAACAGGAGAGGUGUCUUUGGUGACAGAAGAGAAGACCGUGGAGCUGGCCUCCGUCUCAGAAGAAGCAAAACCUACCUCUGAACUGGCUCCUGUCGCUGUGGAACAGCCUAAACAAACAGACUUGCCCCCAGGAGUGGAUGCCGAGAAGGAUGCUGCUGGGAUUCCUUUAGUUGCUGGAGAAAGUUCAUCAGUUGACCAGCUGCCUUAUCUGGAUGCCAAGCCUCCAACUCCAGGGGCUUCAUUUUCCCAGGUGGAGAGCAGUGUAGAGCCUGAACCUGAGAGCACCCAACCACUUUCAAAACCAACUCAGAAGCCUGAGGAAGCUGAUGAGCCAAAAGUGGAAAAGCCAGACUCAGCUGUUAAUGUUGAGCCCACUGCAAAUCCAAAAGCUGAAGUUGUUCCUGAGGUUCAGCCUCAAGCUUCUGAAGAUGUAGAGGUUGACCCUCCAGUUGCUACAAAAGAUAAAAAGCCAAACAAAAGUAAACGUUCCAAGACUCCCAUCCAGACAGCUACAGCAAGUAUUGUAGAGAAGCCCGUCACAAGGAAGAGUGAGAGGAUAGACCGGGAAAAACUCAAGCGGUCCAAUUCUCCUCGGGGAGAAGCACAGAAGCUCCUAGAGUUGAAGAUGGAGGCAGAGAAGAUCACAAGAACUGCCUCUAAACACUCAGCCGCGGACCCCGAGCACCCUGAGCCAAGUCUGCCUCUCAGUCGCACAAGGCGCCGGAAUGUAAGGAGCGUCUAUGCGACCAUGGGUGACCAUGAAAGCCGCUCUCCAGUCAAGGAGCCUGUCGAGCAACCAAGAGUGACCAGGAAGAGGUUGGAGCGGGAGCUUCAGGAGGCUGCGGCAGCCCCCACGACCCCUAGGAGGGGGAGGCCUCCAAAAACACGCCGUCGAGCCGAGGAAGACGAUGAGACCGAAGCGAAAGAACCAGUCGAAACAGUUAAACCAGCUGAGGGAUGGAGGUCCCCACGGUCCCAAAAAUCAGUAGCUGCUGGUGGCCCACAAGGGAAAAGGGGGAAAAAUGAACCGAAAGUUGAUGCUGAACGUCCUGAGGCUACCACUGACGUGAGCCCCCAAGUAAACGUGAAAGAAAAUAACACAAAGUCCAAGGCUGAUAAAGAAGAAGCAGGAAGUGAACAGAAACGUGACAAAAAAGAUGUUGGCACAGACAAAAAUCCACCGGAACCGUCUCCAGUUGAAGUGGCAGAGAAAAAAGCCCCUGAAAAAAACUCCAAGUCAAAGAGAGGAAGAUCUCGAAAUUCUAGGUCAGUAGCAGACAAAUCUGCAAAUCUGAAAAACGUGGAUGCCAGCGUCAGUCCCAGUGUGGCUGCGGGCCCUGCGGGGCUGGCCGUGGAGAAGGAGGCCGGAGUUGUGGCAGUCUCCCCUGAGAAGAGCGGGAGUCCCCCAAAGGAGAGCCUGUCACCCCAGGGGAACAGUGGUCCAGCUGAUCCAGACAAGGAGCCAGAGAAGGAAGAUCUGUCUGCCCCUAAGCUGUCCCCAGAAGCAAAUCAGUUAGCCAAGCAGAUGGAGCUGGAGCAGGCUGUGGAGAACAUCGCAAAGCUCACCGAGACAUCCGCGGCUUUCAAGGGGGCGACCACAGGUGCAACAGAGGGCCUCUCCGCAGAGGACAGGGAGAAGCCCACACACCAGGCAAGUGAAACAGAACUGGCUGCAGCAAUUGGUUCCAUCAUCAAUGACAUUUCUGGAGAACCAGAAAACUUCCCAGCACCUCCACCUUACCCUACAGAAUCUCAGACAGACCUGCAGCCCCAUUCUCAAGAGCUGCAGCCUCCGGAGGAGGGAAUGGAGCCUGAGACCGAUGAGGCCGUGUCUGGCAUCUUGGAGACUGAGGCUUCUACAGAAUCUUCUGGGCCACCAGUCAGUGCCCCUGACCCCUCUACAGGCCCAGCAGUUAACAAGGAAGCUGGAGGAAACAGCAGCGAAACCUCCCACCCGGUGCCAGAAGCCAAGGGCUCAAAAGAAGCUCAAGUCACUCUUGCUCGGAAAGACAAAGGACGCCAGAAGACAACUCGAUCACGCCGCAAACGAAGUGCAAACAAGAAAAUGGGGGCUGCUGUAGAGACCCACGUUUCUGAACCGAAGCAAGUUCAAAGCAAGAGUCCUGCUACAGAUGAGGGGACAACAGCCCAACCGGCAGAGACUGCGCAGGAAGAAAAGCAGAGUGAAAAGCCCCAGGCCAGUCCUCCAGAAACCUGUGCUUCUGACCUAAGCCAGACUCCAUCCAGGGAAAAUUUGUCCCAAGAAAGUGUUGUUGAAGAAAAGAGUCCAACCAAAGCAUCUGUGCUCCCAGACCCUCCUCCCCCCUCACAGCCAGCACCGGUGGAGGUGGCGGAGGCGGCGGAGGUGGUGGAGGCAUCGGAGGCGGCGGAGGUGGCGGAGGUGGCGGAGGUGGCGGAGGCGGCGGAGGCGGCGGAGGCGGCGGAAGUGGAAGAGGAUCCCCAAGCCAGAUUCAAGGUGCAUUCCAUCAUUGAAAGUGAUCCAGUGACCCCGCCCAGUGACUCCAGCAUGCCCACCCCGAUUCCUACUGUAACCGCAGCAAAGCUCCCACCCCCUGCUGCCUCUGGAGGGAUCCCACACCAGAGUUCCCCUGCUAAGGUGACAGAGUGGAUCACAAGGCAGGAGGAGCCACGGGCUCAGUCUACCCCGUCACCAGCUCUUCCCCCAGACACAAAAGCCUCUGACAUUGAUACGAGCUCCAGUACGCUGAGAAAGAUCCUCAUGGACCCCAAGUAUGUAUCUGCCACAGGCAUCACUUCCACAAGUGUCACAACUGCCAUUGCAGAGCCUGUCAGUGCUGCCCCUUGCCUGCAUGAGGCACCACCCCCUCCAGUUGAAUCUAAAAAGCCUCUUUUAGAAGAAAAACCAGCAGCUCCGGUAACAAACACCUGCAACACACAGGCCUCAGAGGUUCCGGUAGCCACUGACAAGGAAAAGGUGGCUCCAGUCAUUGCUCCCAAAAUUACUUCUGUUAUUAGCCGGAUGCCUGUCAGCAUUGAUUUGGAGAAUUCACAAAAGAUAACUCUGGCAAAACAAGCUCCUCAAACCCUGACUGGCCUGGUAAGUGCCCUUACCGGCCUGGUGAAUGUCUCAUUGGUCCCAGUGAAUGCUCUGAAAGGCCCUGUGAAGGGCUCAGUGACCACACUGAAAGGUCUGGUGAACACUCCUGCGGGCUCUGUCAACGUCCUGAAGGGGCCAGUGAAUGUUCUGACAGGGCCGGUGAACGUUCUCACCACUCCCGUGAACGCCACUGUGGGCACAGUAAACGCUGCUGCGGGUGCAGUGAGCGCCACAGCAGGUGCGGUGACGGUCACAGCAGGUGCGGUGACUGCUGCAUCUGGCGGUGUGACCGCCACAACAACAGGUGCAGUGACUGUGUCAGGUGCAGUGAUUGGACCAUCAGUGAAGUGCAAGCAGAGAUCGAGUGCUAAUGAAAACAGUCGGUUUCACCCGGGGUCUAUGUCUGUGAUUGACGAGCGUCCAGCAGACACAGGCUCUGGUGCUGGGUUGCGUGUGAACACUUCAGAAGGGGUUGUGCUCCUGAGCUAUUCGGGGCAGAAGACUGAAGGCCCCCAGCGGAUCAGUGCCAAGAUUAGCCAGAUACCCCCGGCGAGUGCAAUGGACAUUGAAUUUCAGCAGUCCGUGUCCAAGUCCCAGGCCAAACCCGAUUCUGUCACACCAUCGCAGCCUCCACCCAAAGGCCCUCAGGCUCCUUCAGGCUAUGCGAACGUGGCCACCCAUUCUACUCUGGUGCUAACUGCCCAGACGUACAAUGCAUCUCCGGUGAUUUCAUCUGUCAAGACUGACCGUCCAUCCUUGGAGAAGCCUGAGCCCAUUCACCUCUCUGUGUCCACACCUGUCACCCAGGGUGGCACAGUGAAGGUUCUCACCCAGGGCAUAAACACACCCCCAGUGCUGGUUCACAACCAGCUGGUCCUCACCCCGAGCAUAGUCACCACUAAUAAAAAGCUUGCUGACCCCGUCACCCUCAAAAUAGAGACCAAGGUCCUUCAGCCAGCUAACCUGGGGUCUACUCUCACUCCCCACCACCCUCCUGCUCUGCCCAGCAAACUGCCUGCAGAAGUGAAUCACGUCACCUCGGGACCCAGUAGCCAGACAGAGCGAACUGUCUCCCAUUUGACAGCCACAAAGCCCGAUGCACAUUCUCCUCGACCCAGUGGGCCUGCUCCAUCCCCAUUCCCAAGAGCGUGCCCCCCCAGUAGCACCGCAUCUACUGCACUCCCCACUAAUGCCACAGUCAUGCUGGCUGCAGGCAUCCCUGUGCCUCAGUUCAUCUCAAGCAUACACCCAGAGCAGUCUGUCAUCAUGCCACCCCACAGCAUCACCCAGACUGUGUCCCUUAGCCAUCUAUCCCAGGGUGAAGUGAGAAUGAACACACCCACGCUGCCCAGCAUCACCUACAGCAUCCGGCCAGAGGCCCUUCACUCUCCUCGUGCCCCCCUGCAGCCUCAGCAAAUAGAGGUCAGGGCCCCACAGCGCGCAGGCACACCCCAGCCAGCCACAGCUGGUGUGCCUGCCCUGGCCUCCCAGCACCCUCCGGAGGAAGAAGUGCAUUAUCACCUCCCUGUUGCUCGAGCUGCAGCCCCCGUGCAGUCGGAAGUGCUGGUCAUGCAGUCCGAGUACCGACUGCACCCGUACACUGUGCCCCGGGACGUGAGGAUCAUGGUGCAUCCCCACGUGACGGCAGUCAGCGAGCAGCCCCGGGCCGCAGAUGGGGUUGUGAAGGUGCCGCCAGCCAGCAAGGCCCCUCAGCAGCCAGGAAAAGAGUCUGCCAAGAUGGCAGAUGCCAAAGCAGCCCCCGCCCCAGCCCCUCACAGUGAGGCCCGCAUCCUCACAGUCACGCCCAGCAACCAGCUCCAGGGGCUGCCUCUGAGCCCGCCAGUGGUGGUGACCCACGGGGUGCAGAUCGUGCACUCCAGCGGGGAGCUGUUUCAGGAGUACCGAUACGGGGACAUCCGCACUUACCAUGGCCCAGCUCAGCUCACACACGCUCAAUUUCCUGCCACUGCCUCCAUCGGCCUACCUUCCCGGACCAAGGCUCCCACUCAGGGUCCCCCUCCUGAAGGUGAGCCCUUGCAGCCCACUCAGCCUGCACAGUCUACACAGCCUGCCCAACCCGUGCAGUCCACACAGCCUGCCCAGCCCACGCAGCCCUGCCAGUCCUCUCAGCUCAGCCAGCCAGGCCAGCCACCAAGCAGCAAGAUGCCCCAGGUCUCCCAGGAAGCGAAGGGGACCCAGACAGGAGUAGAGCAGCCUCGCCUCCCGACCAUACCUGCAAAUAGGCCAGCUGAGCCUCAUGGCCAGGUUCAGAGGGCACAGACAGAAACAAGCCAGACCUCCUAUCCCUCCCCUGUGUCUGUUUCCAUGAAGCCUGACCUCCCGGGCCCUCUCCCUGCUCAGCCCCCGCCAAAGCAGCCAUUGUUUGUCCCCACAACCUCAGGCCCCAGUACCCCUCCAGGACUGGCUCUGCUGCAUGCCGAAGCCCAACCCUCCCCCAAACAAGACUCCUCUCCACACUUGACUUCCCAGAGGCCUGUGGAUAUGGUCCAGCUUCUGAAGAAGUACCCCAUCGUGUGGCAGGGCCUCCUGGCCCUCAAGAAUGACACAGCUGCUGUGCAGCUCCACUUUGUCUCGGGCAACAAUGUCCUGGCCCAUCGUUCUCUGCCCCUGUCUGACGGAGGUCCCCCCUUGAGGAUUGCCCAGAGAAUGCGGCUGGAGGUCACACAACUGGAAGGGGUUGCCCGAAGGAUGACGGUGGAGACAGAUUACUGUCUGCUGCUGGCUCUACCCUGUGGCCGUGAUCAAGAGGACGUCGUGAGCCAGACCGAGUCUCUCAAGGCUGCCUUCAUCACCUACCUGCAGGCCAAGCAGGCAGCAGGGAUCAUCAACGUUCCCAACCCUGGCUCCAAUCAGCCCGCCUAUGUGCUGCAGAUCUUCCCACCUUGCGAGUUCUCUGAGAGUCACCUGUCCCGUCUGGCCCCCGACCUUCUCGCCAGCAUCUCCAACAUUUCUCCCCACCUCAUGAUUGUCAUUGCCUCUGUGUCUGUGUGAGCCACUGAAUGGUCACCACUUGGUGUAUUUUCCUGAGGCUCCGCAGUAAAACAACACAGGACAACCCAGCCAAGUGGAGGAAGAAGCUGCCGAAGGGGACAGACUCCACUGCCAGACGGCCAGCCUCGCCCUCCUGCCUGCCCGGCUCAGUCGGACAGACCCCUCUGGGCAGUGGUGCUGCUACUUGUAUGUUUACAUGACUUUUAACCCAAGGACAGACCACCAACCGAUGGACUCGCAGACACCUUGGGGCUGGGUUUCUCUCUCCUCUUUUUGGAGAAAAGGAACAGGGCAGUGGAAUUAAUUAUUUUGUUGUUUUGUUUUUAAGAAACAAGAAAACAGAACUGCCUUUGCACUAAAUUAGUGACUUGGACUUUUGCACAGUGAAGACAGGCUGUGACACUCUUGGAUGUCUUGGUGUACAUGAACACACAUCACGGACUCUAACACAGGACUUCAAACUGCUGAAACCUUGGGGUCAAGGAACAUUUCAUUGGGUUGUUUUGUCCCCAACCUCUCCCUUCCCCUUGCUCAUUUGGAUGUCACCUUUCUUAAUUCUCCUGCCACCACCAUCUCUGUUUCACCCAGAAUGUACAGUUUACAAUCGGAAAAGAGCAAACAGAAGGAUUUUCUGUCUUGGUGGUAUAUGCAGAACUUGGGAUGUGUGUAUAUAUAAAUAUAUAAUAUAUAUAAAUAUAUAUAAUACUGACUUAAAAAAUCAAAUUCCCCUGACAUACAUUUUUUUUAAUCUGUGCCAAAAAUGUGUUUUCAGAGAAAAUCUUAUUUUCAUACUCAGACUUUGUAUUGUCACUCAUUUGUAUAAGUGCACUUCAUUAUAGCACGGGCCCUGCCCCGCGAUUUGGAAGUGUCACACACACACAUACACACAGAGACUGUACAAAAAGACUGGCUUCCCUCUUCCUGUGACCUUGACCUCUCCCCCAACUUCCUAACACUUAUUAAUUUAUGAAACUGUUUUUCUCAGCGCAGUUUUGUUUUGUGUGUCCAUUGGAUUACAAACUUUAUUAAAAAAUACAAAACA